UCAGAUGUCGAGCCAUCCCAUCAUUGGGAUUCUUGGAAAGUCCAUCAUGUUUCCUUGCAGCCUGAAUUCAUCUGCACCCGUUGUCCCAGCAAGACUCACACUCUACUGGACAGCAAGACUCAAGCACCAGAAGGAGGAGCAAGUGGUCCAUGCCUUAUACAACGGAGAAGAGAACAACGACCCCCAAUUUCCAGUCUACAAAAACAGGACGCAAAUCUUCAAGGACCAGCUUUCUUCUGGGAAUUUCUCCCUCUUGCUCAAAGAUUUAAGGGUUGAAGAUGACCUCGCAACCUUUUUCCUCUUUUAUCAUCAAGAGGAUGGAGAUUACAACACACUUAACCAAAACAAAGAGAUGUGCUUGACCACUGUGAAAGUAGCAAAAAGCUACCAUAAACCCAUUGUGACAGUGAACUAUGAAGAAUGGAAGGCAGAAUGCACUUCUCAGGGAGGCUACCCUAAACCUAGACUGACCUGGACCAAUCAGAACGGCUUACUAGACCUCGAGGUUCCUCAGAUUGUUCAGGAUGCAGGAAGUGGAACAUGGAACAUUUCCAGCACGGUGAACAUCACAGAGAAUCAGACUGUGACAUGCACCAUCUUCAACCCGACUCUGAAAGAGACCUUGAACACCACAAGAUCAACAGGCGGGGAGAAGGAGGGCCUCUCGAUCGGCAUAAAAGCAGGGAUUGGUGUUCUGGCUGUUGCCGUGAUUGGUCCUGCACUGGUGUUAGUCUGCUGGAAAAGUGACAUGCAACGGAAUGGCGCCGAUACACAGGAGAUGAGCCCACUACGACAUAGCCUACUCCAACGUGUGCUUACUACAAAGUGUUAAACUGGUAAUGUUGAUAAAAUAUUGAUCUAUAGAAUGUUUUUUAUCAUUGUUACCAUUUGGCACUUAGACCUUUAAUACAUUUUGAUCCCAGGAUGUGACUGAACACAGUGUCAUAGUGCUGUUAGGAACAAGGUCACUCAAGAAUAGGGUUCUCUAGCUACUAAAAUACCUAACCUCAAUUUUGUUAGUACAGUUGAAGUCGGAAGUUUACAUACACUUAGGUUGGAGUCAUUAAGACUUGUUUUUCAACCACUCCACAAAUGUCUGGUUAACAAACUGUAGUUUUGGCAAGUCAGUUAAGGACAUCUACUUUGCGCAUGACACAAGUCAUUUUUCCAACAAUUGCUUACAGACAGAUUAUUUCACUUACAAUUCACUGUAUCACAAUUCCAGUGGGUCAGAAGUUUACAUAUACUAAGUUGACUGUGCCUUUAAACAGCUUGGACAAUUCCAGAUAAUUACGUCUUGGCUUUAGAGGCUAAUUGACAUAAUUUGAGACAAUUGGAGGUGUACCUGUGGAUGUAUUUCAAGGCCUGCCUUCAAACUCAGUGCCUCUUUGCCUGACAUCAUGAGAAAAUCAAAAGAAAUCAGCCAAGACCUCAGAAAAAGAAUUGUAGACCUCCACAAGUCUGGUUCAUCAUUGGGAGCAAUAUCCAAAUGCCUGAAGGUACCACGUUCAUCUGUACAAACAAUAGUACGCAAGUAUAAACACCAUGGGACCACACAGCCGUCAUACCGCUCAGGAAGGAGACGCGUUCUGUCUCCUAGAGAUGAACGUACUUUGGUGCGAAAAGUGCAAAUCAAUCCCAGAACAAAAGCAAAUGACCUUGUGAAGAUGCUGGAGGAAACAGGUACAAAAGUAUCUAUAUCCACUAUAGAACGAGUCCUAUAUCGACAUAACCUGAAAGGCCACUCAGCAAGGAAGAAGUCACUGCUCCGCUAUAAAGAAGCCAGACUACGGUUUGCAACUGCACAUGGGGACAAAGAUCGUACUUUUUGGAGAAAUAAAAAUAGAACUGUUUGGCCAUAUGACCAUCAUUAUGUUUGGAGGAAAAAGGAGGAGGCUUGCAAGCCGAAGAAUACCAUCCCAACCGUGAAGCACGGGGUUGGCAGCAUCAUGUUGUGGGGGUGCUUUGCUGCAAGAGGGACUGGUGCACUUCACAAAAUAGAUGGCAUCAUGAGGUAGGAAAAUUAUGUGGAUAUAUUGAAGCAACAUCCCAAGACAUCAAUCAGGAAGAUAAAGCUUGGUCGCAAAUGGGUCUUCCAAAUGGACAAUGACCCCAAGCAUACUUCCAAAGUUGUGGCAAAAUGGCUUAAGUACAACAAAGUUAAGGUAUUGGAGUGGCCAUCAUAAAGCCCUGACCUCAAUCCUAUAGAAGAUUUGUGGGCAGAACUGAAAAAGUGUGUGCGAGCAAGGAGGCCUACAAACCUGAAUGUUACACCAGCUGUCAAAUUGCCUAUGUAAGGCGGAGUUAGGCGCAGGACACAGAAAUGACUAAUAACUGUUACUUUACUCAAAAACAAUAUUCCAUACAGGAGACAAAUAAUCCAGGUCACAAAUCGAGACAACUUGACAAUAACAAACACACACAAAACCAAGGUGGUAACCAGAGGGUUAAAUAGGGAACAAUGAUUAUGGAAUGGAAACCAGGUGUGUAUAAUGAAUACAAAACAAAUAAAAAAUGAAACUGGAUCGGUGGUGACUAGAAAACCGGUGACGUCGACCGCCGAACGAACAAGGAGAGGGACCAACUUCGGCGGAAGUCGUGACACCAGCUCUGUCAGGAGGAAUGGGCCAAAAUUCUUAUUGUGGGAAGCUUGUGGUAGGCUACCCAAAAGGUUUGACCCAAGUUCAACAAUUUUAAGGCAAUGCUACCAAAAACUAAUUGAGUGUGUGUAAACUUCUGACCCACUGGGAAUGUGACGAAAGAAAUAAAAGUUUAAAUAAGUAAUUCUCUCUACUAUUAUUCUGACAUUUCACAUUCUUAAAAUAAAGUGGUGAUCCUAACUGACCUAAGACAGGGACUUUUUACUAGGAUUAAAAGUCAGAAAUUGUGAAAGCCAAAUACAUUUAAACUCAGGUUAAGGUGUAUGUAAACUUUCGACUUCAACUGUAUAUACCUCAUGUUCUGUUAAAAAAAACACACAAAAAACACUUGAUCUCAGUUGAAGCUGACGUUUAUCUCAACAAGUAGCAACUCAAAAUACAAUGGAAAUACAAUCACCAAAUCACCUAGUAUUUUCCGAUCAAAAACAUAUAAACAAAAUAGACUGUCCAAACGAUACGAAUCAUGGCUUCUAUACUAGACAAUUAGUGAUGAACACAACACAACACUUUAAUAUUCACCAACACCCAAAUAGGCCUGUCAACAUUAUUGCAGUGUUCUAUUCAUUUAUGCUGUCAUUUUCAUUUGUUAGUUUCCUCCGUUUUUUCAGGGACCCCUUGAAAGCUCAGUGCAGUCCCAAUGCCUCUGGUUAAGAAUCACUGUGCCACUGUGCCAUGCUGAUGCUGUAGGGAGGAACAUAGGCAGGGUUGGUCUUAAGCACAUCUGCUUUGGGUUUUACAAUUCCAGUAUUAAGCCUGGUUGACAAAAAAAAGUGCAAUGAUGUCAGUUGGUUUACCUUGGUUUAAUCGCUCUUUCUUUAUUAUUUUUAUGAUCCAUGACAAUGAAGGACUGAAAAUGUUCUUUAUGUUCUCUGUUACAUUCAUAUGCUUCAAAUAUUAUUGUAUUGUAUUAAUGGGGCUAUUCUUGUGUUUUUUACUUAGCUUUCUGUACAGUGGUAAUGGGUCAAUUUUAGUUAUGCCAGAAAUGUUCAUUGAUUGGCAGCUACACAGAAUCUGAUAUGACUUGAAACUUAAUAAAUGACAAUGAUCUGAAACAAGACAUUUUGAAAUGUUGUACAAUACUACUAUCAAGAGGUUCUUUGUGUUUCAACAGUAAGAUUGCAUGUUAUGUUUAUUUUGUAUUUUUUACCUCAUUGAGCUUUUAACCAAUAAAAUAUUCCUCCUGAUA